CACCAUCGGGAGUCCUCGCGCCUUUCCCACCCGCGCAGACUUUUUCCAUCCUCCCCUUCUUCCCUUCCUAUCACCUUCUUCCACCCUAGGCGGUGGUUACUCCCUUGGUAUCUUGUGACACUUGAGCAUACUCGCCUCUUGUGUUGCUGUCGAUUAUCAACACUUGAGCGCAGUCACCACAUCCGAUGGUGUUGCGACUCACAACUCCCUCACCCGAUUUGUCAUAAAGCGCCCUUUGUCACCACAAGCUCUACUCGACUCACCCGCGCACUCUCCAUUGAACCUCUCCCAACAUCGAACCCUCCUCCCCUUCCCAUACCUUCAGGUCAAAUUGGCGCAGUAAUAUCGACGCGGUGCAUCACAUAUCAUGUCAUCUUACCGCGGCCGAACUGGGCCGAACUUCUCAGAGUACCUGAAUAACCUCAAUACUCUGGCGUCGCCAUACGAGCAAGACAAUUUCUCGCCAGAGGAAUUCGAGUUGAACCAGGACCUGGCUAUGUUCACCAACACCGACUUCACUCACUUCGAUAUUCCUCCUCUAGCAGAAGACGGUUCCUUCCGCUUCGAAAUGAACGAGAACAAGAAUAACCCCGCCACAAAGUACGAAGACAUCCUCCCAAGCUCUGAUGCUGUCCACAAUUACCCGCCUCCACCUGUCGAAACAUCCGUCGCCGAGUCUACUCAAUACUAUGCUACCUACAAUACCCCCAUUCAGCCUGCGCCAGCGCAAGGCUUCAGCAAUGUCGAAAACCUCGGUUCUUCCACUGCUGCGCCAUCAGCUACUGUUGGCCAAGUGUCCCGCAGAAAGGGCGAGUCAGUCGAUUCCAACCUGAACGGCGAGGAGAAGUCUCGCAUGGUUGCCGAAGAGGAUAAGAGACGCAGAAACACGGCCGCUAGUGCACGUUUCCGGAUCAAGAAGAAGCAGCGGGAGCAAGCUUUGGAGAAUACUGUCAAGGAUGUUCAAGACAGAAACGCGAAACUCGAGGCCAGAUUGAACCAGUUGGAGAUGGAGAACAAAUGGCUCAAAGAGCUUAUCACGGAGAAGAACGGCCUUCAAUCCAAGGAAGAAAUGGCAGCCGCCUACCGACAAUAUCACAAAGAAAGCGAAGAGCGCGAUCUAAAAGAGACCAAGCACACUACCGGCGUGGGAACUCAAUGAAUAUCAACCAAAGUGAAAGUUAAUUUGAAUUCAUUUCUUUAGAACAUAUCUCUGUUGGUACAUAUUCCCUAUGAUACCAGAUAAACCACACCAGCAGACAAUGAAACUAGUACUCUUUUUUCUUAA